AUGGCGGUUGGCUUAGACUCCGCCUCCUGUGCUGUUUACAUUACAAUUACACUCCCCGAGUUCGGUGUGUCGAAACCCGCCUUCGAAACUCUAAAUGAUGUCUUUAACCUCAUGAUAAUCAGAAUUAGCAGGGAAUGGCCAAUCCGAAGUCCUUAUCCGAUUUUAAGCAUCCCCAAGUGCCAAGAGAGGAACAUGAGGACUGGGUGUCGGUGCCAGUGGGCGGCGUUGGCACUCCUCGCGUGGGCGGCCCUCGGAAGCGCCUCCUCCCCAAUGGGCACUUACCCAGGGGCGCGGUUCCCCGAGGGCGCCGUCGCCUACGAAGUGGUGGAUGCGCCGUCGCUGUGUCACUGCGUUCGGAUGUGUGGAGUUGACCCCGACUGUCAGGCCUUCAUCACGAACCGGACUGGGUCAGGUGCGCGGUUCUCUGGGGCAGAUAAUUGUGUCUUUGUGUGUUUGGCGGGUGGAAGGAGCUGCUAUUUCAGCCACAUAAGUGUUGCCAACUUAAACUUGACUUACAGCACUACUACCAACACCACUUCAAACUCGACGGAUCAACCUCUCCCCCUGCCACCUUCCACAACAAGCGCCACCGAAGGCCUCUGGGAAUCCUCCUGUAUCUCCAACAUCCACAAUCUCUUCCGGGCAAACCUUGCAGAAGCAUCAUCAACAAUCGUCCACCAACAAUCUAUUCAACCGACACCAACAAGCGCUCCAACAAUCCUUCGAACUCAAAACAACACCAAACAAUCGUCUCCAACGAUCCUUCAACAACACACCAACAAUCGUUCUCCAAACAAUCCUCAACAACAACCAACAUUGUCUCCACGAUCCUUUCAACAACACCAAACAAUCCGCGUCACCAACAAUCCUUCAAACACCAUCGCCAACAAUUCGCCUCCAACCAUCCUUCAACACACCAACAUUUCGUCUCCAACAAUCCUUCAAACAACACCCAGCAAUCGUCUCCAAACAAUCCUCAACAACACCAACAAUUGUUCUCCAAACGAUCCUUCAAACAAACACAACAAUCGUCUCCAACCAAUCCUUCAACGACACCAAGCGUCAUCCAACAACCUUCAAACACCAAUCGCCAACAAUUCGUCUCUCAACAAUCCUUCAACAACACCAACAUCGUCUCAACAAUCUUCAACUGAACACCACAAUCGUCCUCCAAAAAACAAACUCCUUCAACAAACAGCAACAAUCGUCUCCAACAAUCCUUCAACAAAACACCAAACAACCGUCUCCAAAAACCAAUCCUUCAACCAAAACACCAACAAGCAACCCACGUUCUCAACAAUCCUUUCAAACGACACCAACAAUCGCGCCUCCACCAUUCCUUCAACACCAUCCGCCAACAACGUUUUCUCCAAACAAUCCUUCACCACCAACAAGCUCUCAAACCAUCCGUCAACAACCACCAACAACCGUCUCCAACAUCCUCAUAACAACAACACCAACAAACGUCUCAACCAAUCCUUCAGACGAAACGACCACAACAAAGCUGUCUCCAACAAUCCUUCAACAACACCAACAAUCGUCUCCAACAUUCCUUCAACACCAUCGCCAACAACCGUCUCCAACAAUAUCCUUCAACACCAACAUACAGCGUCUCCAAAUCCUUCAAACAUGCUCACAUCCCACUACUCCGAGACCUGA